AGAAUAUUCAGCAUCCAUUGUCAUCCUUAAUUAUCAAGAGGAAAUAAAAAUAAAUUGAUUUUACUAGCAUAUUUCAAGUCUGUCGAAUAUUAUUUUGAGGUCUUAGAAGGCCACGUGGUGGUAAAUUUGACCCUGAUCGAUGUAAUUGCAUCCAAAAUAGUUUGAUUUUCUCGCUCGACUACUGAGCAGUGAACACUCUGAAUACAUAUAGUUCUACUGAGUCGUAGUGUUAAUUGCUUGCACGCAUAGAUUUCGUUUUCGCAAUGGCGUCCAGGGUUGGUCAUAGACCUGAAGGUACAGAUGGUGCGGAUUUUCGUCAUAGAGAACGAGUUUGUACUCAAUACAGCUUGAGCCCGUUAUUAAAACGUCGUAUCAAAUUUGUUUAUUUACUUCACCUAAUGUUGUGGGUGCUCAUGUUCGCUCGCCUGCUACCGGAACUAUGCUUAAGACUUGGAUUCCGAACAAGGCUUAUGGUGGAAAAGUGGCCAUUUCCUCAAGGUGAGUUGUGGGAGUACGUCUGGCUUUUCGGUAGUAUCUUCCCUACCCUAUUCGGAUAUAUCUCAUUACAAAGAAGCCGAGCUGGAUUGAUGCGAGUUUCCCUUACUGGAACUGUCAUUUUCGGUCUUGGCACUGUAGCUGUUGGAUGCUUCACAAACGCAUUCGAGCUGAUGACAUAUUACCAAAGUCGUGUGGCUAAGCACUAUUUCUAUGAAUUUCCCGUUGUCGUCUUGACCUACAUAUUUUUCUCAUUAUGUGUUCAGGUACACGGCUUCUCUGUCUAUUUCGGUUACAAGUUAUACUGUAUCUGGUCUGUUAAGGUGCGCAAAGUGCGGUGAUUGUUGUUCUCAGGCUCGUUCGCUUCACGGUGAUCAAUGGAAGCAGAAAGUAUCCCCGCUUUCUGCAUUACUUUUGUUGGGAACCUGACUGUUUUGAAAGGCCGAGUAUAUUUCUUAAAUGAAUGCAGUAGUUUCCAAAUGUUUGUGUACAGUUCCUCAUUAAAAAGUAUUAUUCAGUUUUUGUAAUUAUUCUCGCUAACCUUAAACAGUCGUUAUCAACUCUUUCGUAUGUACAUAGCUUUAAUAUAUAUGAUAUAUUGACAGCCUCUGGUCAA